GAUAUGCAUGGUCCCAGCCAUGAGCCAGCCAGCUCCAAAGUCUCAAGUCACACACACAAUUGUUCCUGUGUAUUUAAAGACUAAUUUGUGAAUAAAUUAAUUUACAGCAAGUGAGGAAGUGUAGAUUAUUCACAGGAUCAGGAAGAAGAGUAGAAAGUCAUUUGUGUUCAGUUUCAAAGCAAUCGGAGGAAAUACAUAUAUAUAUAUAUAUAUAUCAUACAUGGGUUCACUCAUGGCAGGAUGGGACUCACCCGUUCUAAAUUCCAAACCAGAUGUUUGCAAGAGGAAUCAAUCACUCACCAAGGACGAGAUUGAAGCUUACUGGAGAGCCAACAAUGAAUCUCAUCAUACCACCACUACUCAGGAAAUCAAAGCUGAUGAUGAAUCGGGAAGAAAAUUACAGAAAUCAAGCUCUUUUCCUGUAGCCAAAACUAAGGAGACAGAUAUUGAUAAAACAAACGCUCACAAAAUCAGAAACAACAAGGGCUGGUGGACUUUAAGCAAUUGGGCAUUUCUGAAUGAACCCCCUCUGUGGGAAGGCGCUUCCAACACGUACGCAUCACAGUUCCACGUACCCAACUGGGCCCCCAAAUCAGACACUCCUGACCAAAUUACUACUUGAUCUGUUCCUACCAGGCCCAAAUCUGCAAGCCCAUAUUAUUCAUGGGCUCCUAUGCCACUCACCUUUUUCCUUUUUCUUUUUUCGUAUAUGAGUUAUGAGUUUGUUUGUUGUCAACUUGUCACGGUUGGUCGGUUGAGUGUUUCUACGACGUGUACAAAUUAUGAGAUGAUACUUUCAUGUAAGCUGUGUUUUCUUUAGUGCUUUAUUGUUGUGUUUUUCUGUUAAAAAUUUCAUAUUUAUGCAAGGUGUUAUUAGAGCUCCGUGUUCGAAUC